GUACGAAGCACGUAUUUUGUUGGAGUUUCCUGGUCUCCUCAGGAUCCAAAUUCAUCCCUCAAUCAACCACCUCUUCAAAUCUGAGUUUCUACAUAAGAAACUUUUAUCGCGACUCGCCAGAAAGCCCUCGGAUUGUACGCCUGGUUCCCAGAAAACUAGGCUGGUCGAUCCGAAAAGAGACCCCUCAAUUGAAUCGUCACUGUUCUUGAAAUUGAAUCUGUUUGUUUCACAAAGAUGGAUGGGAACAAAGAUGAAGCUCUCAAGUGCUUUGAAAUAGCCAAAGCUUCAAUCAAAUCCGGUAACAAAGAAAGGGCUUUGAAAUUCUUGAAUAAAGCUACGCGUUUAGACCCAAACCUUAAAACCGAUGAUCUGUUGUCUAAAAUUGAGGCUGAGAAUGAAUCUCCGAACAUACCCACCAAAGAGGACUCAUCAGGAUCUUCAAAACCAUCAGAAACUAGGACUAGACGAAGGAGUUCAGUAAAUAAGGAGCCGGGGUCACCUUCUUGCUCAUCGGAAAGCGGGGUUAGUUACACAGAGGAGCAAGUGGCAAUUGUGAGAGAGAUCAAGAGGAAAAAGAAUUACUAUGAGAUUUUAGGAUUGGAGAAGAGUUGCAGUAUGGAUGAUGUUCGGAAAGCUUAUAGAAAGCUUUCUUUGAAGGUUCACCCUGACAAGAACAAUGCCCCGGGGUCUGAAGAGGCUUUUAAGAUGGUGUCUAAGGCAUUCCAGUGUUUGAGUGACGAGGAGAAUCGUAAAAGGUAUGACCUUGUUGGGGAAGAUGAUGCGUCCACUUAUGAGAGGCAAACAACUAGACGCCACACUGGUGGUGGAAUGAGGCAAGGGUUUUACUAUGAUGACGUGGACGCCGAAGAAAUCUUCCGGAAUUUCUUUUUUGGGGGAAAUCCUGUAGCAACUACCCAUUUCAGUUUCGGGCCUGGGGUCGGGGUCCGUGUCGGAGGACAUAAUGGGUCAAGCGGGCUUGCCCGGACCUUGGUUCAGUUUUUGCCGGUGAUACUGAUUGCGUUAAUGAGCUUUUUGCCUUCAUCAGAUCCAGUUUAUUCGUUCUCGAGAUCAUACCCUUAUGAGCAGUUAUUUACUACUCGCAGAGGUUUAAAUUAUUACGUGAAGCCAGGAAAGUUUGAGCAGGAAUAUCCUCCCAGCAGCCCGAAACGGGUGAAACUAGAGGACGGGAUUGAGAAGGAUUAUUUCAAUAAUCUUGCUUAUAACUGCCGUCUUGAAGUCCAACAGGUGCAUUGGGGGUAUAGACAGGCAACACCAAAUUGUGAUGCAUUGAAGAAAUUCCAGGCAAUGGCUUCAUAUUAGCCUCUCUCUGCAUUGCAGUUUUACCAUUCCUUUUUACAUCCUUUCUCUACAUUGCAGUUUACCAUUCCUUUUUCUAGUACACAGAUUGCAGACUCUGAAUAUAACCACACAUUAUGCUUGCUUGAUAUUAGUUCUUGGAAGAGCUUCUGACUAGAAAUAGAUGAAGAAUGCUUGUCCUCGAAAACGGAUACGUCCUUGUGCUUUAAAAUCGUCCUUGUGCUUUAAAAUAAUUUAAUGGUCAUUAUAUUUAUGACCAUAGUUUUCUUAGAGUGUUUUAGCGUUUAUGAUGGCCUGCAGGUAAGUUUUAUGUGUGUUAUCUGUGUAGUAUUUGUAUCCUUGCGUGAUGUAUCUGGUUUUAAUUUGCACCAGAAGCAAAGUGGCAUUGUUUUAUCCCGAUGACCCGAUGUAAGUAAAAAAGAAACACAAUUUGUUAGUG